AUGGAUAUUAUAAAUUAUGCUUUUCCAUUUGCAUCGACCAACAUCCAUCAGGAAGGAGAAGAUGACAUGCCUACACCAAUGGACAGUGCAGAGUUUGAACAAUAUGAAAAACCAUUAAAAAAUGCUAAUCAAGAGUUAUACUCAGGGUGCGAGAGCUUUUCCAUUCUCACGGCCAUUGUGGAGCUAAUGCACGGAAAAAUAAAGUAUCGUAUAUCGAACCUGUCUUUCGAUUACUUUUUAGGGGUUUUCAAGAGAAUGCUUCCGACAGACAAUUGUUUGCCGAAAGACCACAGACACGCACAAAAGGUGUUGAAUUGUCUUGGAUUGGGUUAUGAAAAAAUUAACGCUUGCAAAAAUAAUUGCAUGUUAUUCUACAAAGAGUAUGAAACAUUGGAUACAUGCCCUAUAUGCAAUGAGUCAAGGUUCAAAAUGACAUAUCAGAAUAGAAUGACUAAGAUCCCACAAAAAAUCAUGCGUUAUAUGCCCCUGAAACCUAGGUUGCAGCGAUUGUAUAUGUUGACGCAUACUGCCACAUACAUGAGAUGA